UUGAUAUUCGUCUUUAUAUGAAUUCAAAUGAUAUUUCUGGGCUUCACAUUUCAAUAAAACGUUGAUUAAAGAGGUCAGCGACGUUUUAUUUUGGCACCAUAGAGCAGAAUGCCGCAUGCUACUCGGUGACUCUUGACACUUUGUUAAUCGGCUGCUGCACCGGCUCUUGUCCCAGCCAUUCUUUAUCCCUUUAUCUGUUUUCUGGCUGGGAAUCAGCAGAGGAUUUUUUGCGCAGUUUUUGCACGGCCCAGACAUGACAGGAACCACGGUGAUGGGUCCUCUGGGCUCGUCUCAUUGACUGUCGUGAGCUCAUCCACAGCUUUCAGGCCCGGUUCCAACAUCUCGGAUCUAUUUCCUUAUAUGAUGAUAAUGAUGGUCCGAUAAGGUGUAGUUUUGGAUUUUCUUCUCUUUUUUUUUCUAACAGUGAGGAGAACACGUUCACUGGUAUGAUGAAGAUUUGGAGCACCGAGCAUAUUUUCAGUUACCCGUGGGAGACUGUGAUCAAGGCUGCCAUGAGGAAGUACCCCAACCCCAUGAACCCCAAUGUGGUUGGCGUGGAUGUGCUGGAUCGCAGUCUGGACUCAGAGGGACGCCUUCACAGCCACAGACUCCUCAGCACAGAGUGGGGACUACCGUCUAUUGUACGAGCGAUACUGGGGACCAACCACACACAGACAUAUGUGAAGGAACAUUCUAUAGUUGACCCAGAGGUGAAAAAGAUGGAGUUGUGCUCAACAAAUAUUACUCUCACCAACCUGAUAUCCGUAGAUGAGAGGCUUGUUUACACACCACACCCAGAAAACCCAGAGGUUACUGUACUGACACAGGAAGCCAUCAUCACGGUGAAGGGAGUCAGUCUGAGCAGCUAUCUGGAGGGCCUGAUGGUCAGGAGCAUGUCUGCCAACGCCCGGAAGGGCUGGGACGCUAUUGAGUGGGUCAUCCAGAACUCUGAAGGGGACGAUGUACCACUCUGUGACAUUUACUAACACUGGACUCCAGAUCCACUGACGACUGCUUUCCUCAGCCGCUCCUCGUGCCUGAAAGGGGACCGAGGGGGGAAUUCUGAGCAUCUUCCGGUCCUCUGCAGAUGGUUCUUUCAUGUGAAGAAAACUAAACCUUUGCCAAAGCAAAAACGGUUCUUGAAAUUUUCUGGGACUGCGUUGCCAGGUUUGGCGGUUGUGACUCAUUUCCAGCUCCUCAUUUAUAAUCCAAUAACGGUUAAACCACAUGGCAACAAAACAGAGACCUGUGUCUGCUAAGCAAACCUAGCAGACUUUACAAUCUUGAAUGUCACUAUUGUACUUAUGAAGUGACACUUUGGGAAAAACACUCGAUAUGGAAGACGGACGCAACAAGAAGGUACACGCCAAUGUUUUUUUUUUUUUUUUUUUUUUAAACAAGGUACAGCAUAUUGUUAUUAUGUAACUGUCUCAAAGGCUUUACUUGGACUAGUUUGAUACCAUAUGAAAACUCCUACAGUGGGAAACGGGUUAAAAUAUGGAGAUGCUACUGGUGCUUAAUUUGUGUUACACUGGACAAAAAAUGUUAUAUUACUGAUUGGGCAUGAUUUAUAUUUGCCGCAUUAGUUUCAGUCCUGGAUCGCCAAUAUUUUUCAUGUGUAACAUCAGCUUUAUCUGUGUCAGUCUUCAUAGUCUUCAUUUGUUUUCCAUGCAAAAUAAAUAUGAUUAGAUGAGACAAAGAUUAUGCAUUCGUACCUGAAAACACUGCAAGCAGGGUGGUGAUACCAUCAUGCUGUGGGACUGAUUUGCACCCCCUCUCUCCACUGGUAUUUUUGGAUCUGAUAUCUCUGUAGACGUGAUCGCUGAAUUUUUCAACUGUGUCUUGACACAACAGCCAAAUGUCCGAAUUGGAAACCGUUGAAUGUUCUGGUAAAGGUGGUUUUAAAAUUGCUAUAACAGUUUAGCAUUAAGCCUUAACACAAUUAAAAAUGUAUAGAAUGCAUUUAAGAGCUAACUCUGUCUCAGGAAAUCCACCACUUUGAGAGGUCAAAUAUUCAUCCUGGGUAAUAAAUUUUAUGCUUAUCGAUCUAAUCAAGUUGAAAGGCAUACUAUUUUAAGAUCACCUUUGUGGAGUCAUACCAAUACAAUACUUAGAUUAUGCAGGGGAUGUGUUUAAAAAAAACACACACACAAUAUGCGGUCAUCCAGGUCUGAAACCAACAUGGAAAGUGCAAAUCUUGCACAAUUUUGCAAAACAUGAAGGACUUUGGAGAAAAAAAAAAAAGAUGAAUCUGAAAGAAAAAAAAAACAUGGAUAUGAAUGAAAUACCGGACUGUACCAUCAAAAUUCCCUUCAUCUGAUAUUUAACAUCAAUGAGUGUUUUGGAAACGUACCAAGAACAGAUGAAGAAGAAGACACGGUGGUGUCCAAGGUGGGCAGAUGUUGGCAUUUAUCUGGCCUUAAAGCGACACGAGUGUUUUGCUUUCAUGCCUUUGCCAGUCAUACACCUCAUGCUUCCAGACGACGCGCCUGUCCAUAGAUGCAACCUUCGCAUCCUGGAGAUCAGGAGCAGUACUGCAUGUGCGGUGAUGCAAACUGGGACUAAUGUGCUAAAACAUGUUUCUGGAUAGCAGUAAAUAUAGCAUAUUUGUAUAAAUGAUAUUUUAAACAUACAUUUAGUGAAUGCUACUGCUUUCAUUUUGUGUUGCAUAAAAAAUAUUUGUAUACUUUUUUGUUUUGAAGCGCAACAUUUGCCUGGCUGCAAUGAAAGAGAUGCUAAAAUAAUUAAAGCAGAAGUGAAAACAA